ACUAGGUUGCCGUGGUUACAACAGCGGUUCUAGAGUGUUAGAAACAGCCCAAGGGAAGCCUUCGGCGGGACCAUGACGCUCCUCUGUCUGUGCCAGAUUUGCACUUGCGGACUCCAUCGUUGUCCUCGGAGGCCUACAAGGAUUUAUGAAGAAACGAAUUUGAGUUGCCCCACAACUGAAUAUUCGGAAAAAUAUACCAACUUUGAAAAUGUCAUUCCUUCACAAAAUAUUAAAUCUCCACGGCAUAAAUAUCGAACAAAUGGUGGCAAAAUGUCUGAAUGCCUUCCCUGUGACACAUUAAAAGAAAUGGUUCAUUUGCCAGAACGCAAGCCAAAGAUGAUGGACAUUGAUAUGACAACUACCUAUAAGCAGAAUUUUAUUUUUUACCCAUCACAACCUGCUGAAACAAUGAGGCCUCUGGAGAGACCUCUUAUUAAAAAAGAAAAAUUGGAUACUAUUCCUACUUAUAAAGAUGAUUUCAGAGCUUGGAAUACUGAGAAAAGUGAACUUGCUAAACAUCUACCUACUGAGAAAUCUACAUUUCAGAAUGACUUACAUCCUCAAAAGCUACAUCGUGGGUCAGACUUUAAAUCUUUAAACUUAUUCUCUCAUUCUGAUAUUCCUUUUAAUGGCAUCACAAGCCAUCGCUUGGCUUAUGUGCCUCAUCCUCUAGAACCAAAAUUUCUAAGACCAAAAGAAGUUUACAAGCCAAAUAAUGAACCCUUUGAUGAUUUAACAACCCAGCGCCAUGCCUAUAAAGGCCUUUUUGGAGAACCUGCAAAGAUUUGUAGACCUGUAAUCACCAAGGUGGCAAAAAACGCUCCAUUUAGGGAAAGCACAGAAUUCCGGGAUAAUUUUCUUUCAUGGGAAAUUCCAUUGCCCAAGGUGCGAAAGUUAAUGAAGUAUGACCCCUCAACAGGUCACGUGGAACAAAGUAGCAAAAUCCAUCAAGAUCAUAUUUCAACCUACAUGACCACAGAGGUUCCCAAAAAGCAAGUUUAUUCACGUAUCACUAAGUUUCCUUUUCAAGGAAGAAGUACCACCAAAGAUGAUUUCAAAGCGUGGGACAAACCAUGUCGGCUAGAAAUGAUUAAGCCCAACAAUCAGAUUCCCGAUCCAUUUGGGAAGUUUGAAGGUCUGACCACUUUCAGAUCUCAUUAUAUACCACAUGAGUUAUCUCCAACACUGAGUUUCAAACCUGUCCCCGCUGUCUUCCACAGUUAUGAACCAUUUGAUGAUACGACAGUGUACUCUACACAAUAUACUGCAAAGAAAAAAGAGACAUGUCCUGCUAGCUAUAUUUCCCCUCCAGGAUAUACAUUUGAAAAUACCAAUUCCUAUGGUCACAAAUUAUUCCGUAAGGAUAUUCUUUCAGGGAAGGACCUUUCCCCAUCAAUUGAUAAGGUUUCCAAAUAA